AUGGAGUCAAAGGGUGGUUUCGUCGCCAGUGCGCGUAAUUUCUUUCUUGGCAGCUCUGCCACGUCCAAGGAGGAGAGAAAACUUGUUAGAAAGUUGGAUUUCUUCAUCUUGACAUACUGCUGUUUUAGCUACUUCUUCAACUUCCUCGAUCGUGCUGCCUUUGCCAAUGCCUAUGUCGCUGGUCUUCGUGAGUCGCUCAAUAUGAGCGGUCAUGACUACAACAAUGUUCUUUCUGUCACCACUGCUGGAAUGGCAAUUGGUCAACUCCCCAACGGUAUCAUCAUCCAAAGAGUCAAGCCUCGCAUCUGGCUACCCUCCAUGGUCGUGUUCUGGGCCGUUAUGACAAUGCUUAGCGCCGCUGUCACAAACGUCACCCAACUCUGCGUCAUCCGCUUCUUCCUCGGCUUGGCAGAAGCAAGCACAUACUCUGGUGCAAUGUACAUCAUCGGCGCCUGGUAUAAGCCUGAAGAAAUCCAGAAGCGAACUGCCCUGUUUGGUGUGUCUGGUCAGAUCGGUACCAUGUUUGCUGGUGUCAUGAUGACUGCUAUCCAUAAGGGUAUGAGAGGUAUGGCUGGUCUGCAGGGAUGGCAGUGGGUGUUCAUCAUUGAUGGUAUCAUCACUCUGCCGAUCGCUGUCUUUGGCUUCCUUUACUUUCCUGAUACGCCUGAGAACACCAAGGCUAGUUACUUGAGUGAAUCAGAGAAGAAGCUCGCGCUCAGCAGAGUUCCUCGCAUUGCGGAGGGUGGCCAUAACAUCAUGCCCAUGUCCCUCAUCAAGCGAGUCUUCCUCACUCCUAUGUUCUGGAUCCUGUUCUUCUGGUCCCCCGUUUGCGCCAGCACCGAAGGCUUCCCCUUCCAAAACAGCUUCCUCCUCUGGCUCAAGUACUAUAACGACAAAUUCUCCCAAGUCCAGAUCAACACCUAUCCCCUCGGCGUGCAAGCUGUCGGUAUCUUGGCCAACAUGCUUGCGGCAUGGCACAUGGAUGCCACCGGUCAGCGCGUCCCUAUGGCUGUUGUCUGUGUUAUUCUUCAGAUCGUAGUAGGAUCAAUGUUGCUUGUCAAGAAUCUCUCAAUGGGCGCUACCAUGUUUGCCUUUUACUUGGCCGGUUCGGCUUACAUGGUCAACCCUCUGAUCUUUGGCUGGGCGAAUAUCAUUCUCCAACGAACAGGUGAUGAUGCUUUGCGAAGUAUUACCUUGUACUGCAUGAACAUUGGAUCUAUGUCUAUGUGGACUUUCUGGGGUAUCAUUUUCUAUAGUGCUGCUGAUGCGCCUUACUGGAAGAAGGGAGCUAUUGCCCUUUUGGGUGGAUGUGCUGUUAUGUUCUGCUACAUGUGGCUUGUUGUAUACGUUGACAGGAAAACGAUGAAGAAGUACGGGGACGGAACGGGCGAAAACACGGAGGAGCCUAUCGAGGUCAGCGAAAAUGAGAAGGAGACCAAUCCUACCGUGGUUACAGAGAAGAAGUCCGCCAGUACAUGA